GUGCCCCACUAAUAUUUGCCAAGUGCAGUUAAAGUUGUUAUUUUGUUGUGUAAACAUAUAUUAUUGGCAAAAACCGAACAAUAAUUUAACCAUGAAAUCAUUCGUGAUUGCUUUGCUGUUUUCUGUCCUAAUUGCUGUCUCUUUUGCUGAACCAGCUUCAGAAUGUCCAGCAGAGGAUGGUGAAUACAUCACACUGAUUGCUGACUUGGAUGACUGCGCUAGCUUCUACGAGUGUGCUUAUGGAAAGCCUGUUAAAGUUACUUGUCCAGCAAACACGUACUACCAAAUAGAAAAAGAGACUUGUGACUAUAUCAAAGAUGUGGACUGUGGUAGCAGACCUAUUCCACAAUCACGUUGAAAUUCUCAACUUUUUGGACCAAAAAAGAGAAAAAAUAAUACUUUUUCCUGGAUUUCAAACAUUUUUAAUAAAAGUAUGAGUUUAGUAAA